AUGAACAGGGAGCUUUACCUUAGCAUAACCGAGUUUUCAUCUGUAAACACGACGUUUUGAACAGCUAUGGAACUUGAACGUGAAUUCCAUCUCGCCCUUUUCUUUGCUAUUGGUCAAGUAUUUUUUAUUUGAAGGUCAAGAAAUUCAAACUUUUUAGAUCAAAGAACACGAUUGUAAAAACAAAGUUCAUUGUACAACCCCUCUUUACGAUGGGCGUGUGAGAUACCAUGAUGAUUUGGUGUUGAACUCCAAUUAUUUACAAAGGCUAAAAGGAAAUAUGCGAUAUUAAGAGUUGAAAAAGUAGCACACCCAAUUGGAUUUUACCCAUGAUUGUCCCCUUCAAUUGGUGAGCCGUCCGUUUUGUGUAGAAGUAAUCACACCAUUUUGUUUUUAAAAGGAAGAAUUUGGGGUAUUGGGAAACUCUAGUGAGUGCCUUUGGUGUAGGUAUGGCAGCCGAACAAUUGAUCAAAGACAGUUCUUCACUUUCAAGCUAUGAUGCUUAUUUUGAGAAGAUGCAGUCAAGGAAGAAAUUACCACGACCUCUACAAGAGAUUUUAACAAAUGCAUUUUCAGAUAUUCCAGUUUCAUCAUUCCCACAAGUUCCCCGUGGUAAAGUGAUUGAAAUUUCAGCAGACACUUCCGUUGCUGAUGCUGUAAAGAUUUUAUCUGAAUGCAACAUUUUUUCGGCUCCUGUGAGAAACCCUGACAAAGGAAAUAGUUCAGAUUGGAGAGAUAGGUACCUAGGGAUCAUAGAUUACUCUGCCAUUGUUCUGUGGGUCUUGGAGAGUGCAGAAGUUGCUGCUGUUGCCCUAUCGGCUAGUUCAGCAACAGCCGCUGGAGUUGGUGCAGGCGCAGUUGGCGCUCUUGGGGCACUAGCAUUGGGUGCGACAGGGCCUGCUGCAGUGGUGGGGCUAACAGCUGCUGCAGUUGGUGCUGCAGUGGCUGGUGGUGUUGCUGCAGAUAAAAGGAUGGGAAAAGAUGCUCCCACAGCUGCUGACAAAUUGGGCGAGGAUUUUUACAAAGUUUUAUUGCAAGAUGAACCCUUCAAGUCAACCACAGUGAGUUCAGUAAUCAAAUCAUUCCGUUGGGCUCCUUUCAUUCCAGUUUCAACAGAUAGUUCUAUGUUGACUGUCUUACUGCUACUCUCUAAGUAUAGGAUGAGGAAUGUACCUGUAAUUGAAAUAGGCAAGCCAGAGAUAAAGAACUUCAUUACUCAAUCCGCAGUCGUUCAGGUUCUUGAGGGUUGUGCAGGAAGGGACUGGUUUGACAGCAUUGCUGCACAGCCUAUAUCUGAUUUUGGACUUCCUUUCAUGUCUUCUGCAGAGGUUGUAAGCAUCCAGGGCAGUGAGUUGAUUCUACAGGCUUUCAAGAGAAUGAAAGAGAAGCAAAUUGGUGGUCUUCCAGUAGUAGGACCAAAGAAGAAGAUGGUCGGAAACAUAAGUAUGAGAGACAUCCGAUACUUACUGCUGAAAUCUGAGCUUUUCUCAAAUUUUAGGAAGCUGACUGUGAUGGAUUUCGUGCACAUCAUUGCUUCCCAAGAAGCCAGCAAAGUCGUCCCUCCAAUUACAUGCAAACCCAAUUCAACUCUGAGCAGUGUGAUCCACAAACUUGCUUCAAGAUCAGUCCACAGGAUUUAUGUGGUAGCUGGAGAGGAGGAUGAAGUUGUUGGCGUCAUUACACUUAGAGAUGUGAUUUCUUGCUUCAUUUAUGAACCAUCCAACCACUUUGAUAACUACUUUGGGUUUGUGGUGAAGGAAAUGUUAGAGUAGUGAUGCUUCAGGUGCGGAAAUCCUUUCAAAUUUAUGGAAGUGGAGAUAUGUAACAAAAUCUGGUUUAGGACCAGAGAACAACAACUUAAAUACCAUGUAUGUACUUUUCAUAUUUAUCCUC